GGGAUCAUUGCAAGCUGAACCCGUGUCAUGUUGGAAAUUGGCAGUUCAAUACUUUGCUAAUUUUACCACGGCUUCCACAGUUUUUAUGGCCUUGUAUGUAAUAGUUCAUAUCUGGCUGAAUUCACCUGGUACUAUUCAAGGACUAGAGUUUGUUGGGCUUGACUUACCCGAUUCAAUUGGUGAAUUCAUUGUGUGUGGUGUUCUGAUUCUUCAAGGUGAAAGGGUGAUGCAGUUAAUCUCACGCUUUAUGCAGGCCAGAGCUCAAAAAGGAAGUGAUCAUGGAGUGAAAGCACAAGGAGAUGGAUGGUUACUAACAGUUGCCUUGAUUGAGGGAAGUAAUUUAGCAGCUGUAGAUUCUAGUGGGUUCUGUGGCCCAUAUGUGGUGUUCACAUGCAAUGGGAAAAGUAGAACCAGCUCAAUCAAGUUCCAGAAAUCUAGUCCCCAGUGGAAUGAAAGAUUUGAAUUUGAUGCAAUGGAAGAGCCUCCUUCCGUACUGGAUGUAGAAGUAUUUGAUUUUGAUGGACCUUUCGAUGAUGCUACAUCUUUGGGACAGGCGGAGGUUAAUUUUUUAAAAACUAACAUAGCAGAUCUAACUGAUCUGUGGAUUCCUCUGAAAGGUAAGUUGGCUAUGGCAUGUCAGUCUAAACUGCACUUGAGAAUUUUCUUGGACAAUACAAAAGGUGGAUAUGUGGUUACAGAGUACUUGAGUAAGAUGGAGAAAGAAGUGGGGAAGAAGAUAAAUCUGAGGUCUCCUCAAACGAAUUCAGCCUUUCAAAAACUCUUUGGGCUUCCACCAGAGGAAUUUCUUAUCAAUGACUUCACCUGUCACCUGAAAAGGAAAAUGCCUAUUCAGGGCCGCCUGUUUCUAUCAGCAAGAAUUAUUGGGUUUCAUGCCAAUAUAUUUGGGCACAAGACAAAGUUCUUCCUUUGGGAUGACAUCGAGGACAUUCUAGUUUCUCCUCCUACGUUGGCAUCAAUGGGUAGUCCAAUUAUCGUAAUAACUCUCCGUCUAGGAAGAGGGAUGGAUGUGAGACAUGGAGCAAGGACACUAGAUGGAGAAGGCAGGCUGAAGUUCCAUUUCCAGUCUUUUGUAUCUUUCAAUGUAGCUCAUAGGACAAUCAUGGCCCUGUGGAAAGCCAGGUCCUUGAGUCCAGAGCAGAAAGUGCGAAUAGUUGAAGAAGAGUCUGAAACCAAAUGUCUCCAAAAUGAAGAGUGGAUCCUUCUUAGGCGUUGAGGACGUCAGCAUGUCUCAGAUUUUUUCAGUUACACUUACUGUUCCCAUUAGUUCAGUCAUGGAGAUAUUCAGUGGUGGUGAAACAGAUCGUAAAGCUAUGGAGAGAGCUGGCUGUCUUAACUUUUCUUGUAGUCAAUGGGAUUCAGAAGGAGCUGAUGUAUAUGAGCGGCAAAUUUAUUACAGAUUUGAUAAGCAUGUGUCCCGGUUUAGAGGAGAGGUGACUAGUACUCAGCAGAAAUCCCCACUUCCUGAUACAAAGGGUUGGCUUAUUGAAGAAGUUAUGACUCUUCAUGGUGUUCCACUUGGUGACUAUUACAAUCUUCAUGUUAGAUACCAAAUCGAGGAUUUAAAAGCAAAGGGAUGUCAGGUGCGAGUGUUCGCUAAAGUUGCAUGGUUGAAAAGCACAAAGAAUCAGAAAAGGGUUGCCAAAAACAUCCUCUCAAACCUAGAAGAACGCUUGAAGGAACUUUUUAGAAUUUAGUAAAGACAGGGUUCACAGAUAAUCUUAGAUAUCGCCUUCGGGAAGUUGCUAUAGGAUA